GCGGCGACGGCAACAAUGCAAGGAGCCGCCCGCGCUCCGGCCACCAGCGUGAGUGCCGACUGCUGCAUCCCGGCUGGCUUGCGCCUGGGGCCAGUGCCUGGCACCUUCAAGCUGGGCAAGUACCUGUCAGAUCGCAGAGAGCCCGGGCCCAAGAAAAAGGUGCGCAUGGUGAGAGGGGAGCUGGUGGACGAGUCGGGGGGCUCCCCUCUGGAGUGGAUAGGGUUAAUCCGGGCAGCCAGGAGUCCCCAGGAGCAGACUCUGGAAGCUUAUGCAGACUUACCCGGAGGACAGAUCUUCUACCGAGCACUGCGAGAUGUCCAGCCAGGGGAGGAGCUGACUGUGUGGUAUUCCAACUCCUUGGCUCAGUGGUUUGACAUCCCCACAACUGCGACCCCCACGCACGACGAGAAAGGAGAGGAGCGCUACAUUUGCUGGUACUGCUGGAGGACCUUUAGAUACCCCAACAGCCUUAAAGCACACCUGCGUUUCCACUGCGUCCUCAGCGGCGGCGGGGGCCGCGCCUUCCUGCACCACGAGCACGCAGCUCGCCAAGGCGCUGCCCAGGCGCCAGCGGAUGGCUUCGGCCUCUCCCCGAAACCUGCAGCACCAGACUUCGCUGCGCCCGCCCAGACAGGCACUUUGCGGCCCCAAACACAGGUUUUGCAGCCUCCGCAGGCCUGCGGCGCCCGGGAGAGCAUCAAGCGCGAGGCCUCCUCUGCGCCCUCGGCCUCCUCGCCGACCCCGGGCAAGUGGGGGCCGCCUAAAAAGGUCAAAGAGCAGCAAGACCUUGUACUGGACGUGAGCGGGCCCGCCCGAGCACAUAGCCACUUCCUCGGCAUUAUGGGCGGCUCCCAAGCUGGCGGCGGUGGCCUGGCCUUCUAUCCCGGGGUGCGCUCGGCUUUCAAACCCGCGGGCUUGGCCAGGGUAGCGGCGGCUGCGCAUGGCGACCCCUACCGGGAGGAGGGCAGCGGCAAGCAGGGAGCCGGCCAAGCGUUGGGCAGGCUUCUGGGCGGGGGCCGGGGAGGCGGACGCCCCGGGAGUGGAGAGAGCCCGGCGGCUGGCGGCGUGGGCCACCACCAUUACCACCACGCGCACCACCACAACCACCACCACCACCACCACCCCAAGUGCCUGCUCGCAGCUGACCCGCCUCCGCCGCCGCCGCCCGGCCUUCCUUGCUCCGGGGCCCUCCGCGGCUUUCCUCUCCUCCCGGGUCACCCGGAGGAGGCAUCAGCCUUCAAACACGUGGAGCGCACCCCGCCUGCAGCCGCCGCUCUUCCGGGAGCGCGUUAUGCUCCGCUGCCCCCAGCGCCCCGGCUGCCCCUGGAGCGCUGCGCCCUCCCGCCUCUCGACGCGGGCGGGCUCAAGGGCUACCCGGGCGGCGAGUGCAGCCACCUGCCCGCUGUCAUGCCAGCCUUUACGGUCUACAACGGAGAGGUGCUGUACGGCUCGCCGGCUGCGGCCGCCUAUUACCCGCUGAAACUGCACUUCGGGGGGCUGCUCAAGUACCCCGAGUCCAUCUCGUACUUGAGCGGGGCCGCAGCGGCUGCGGCCGCGGCUGGCCUGAGCCCCGCGGAGCUGGGUUCCCUGGCCAGCAUUGACCGAGAGAUCGCCAUGCACACUCAGCAGCUGUCUGAGAUGGCCUUGGCCGGGAAGGGCCGCGGCCGCCUGGACUCGGGGGCUCUGCCGCCCGCCCUGGUGGCGGCUGGGGCCCCUGGGAGCGGCGGCAGCGGGGGUGGCGGCGCGAGCAAGCCCAAGACGGGCCACCUGUGCCUCUACUGCGGCAAGCUGUACUCGCGCAAGUAUGGGCUCAAGAUUCACAUGCGGACGCACACGGGCUACAAGCCACUCAAGUGCAAAGUGUGCCUGCGGCCCUUUGGCGACCCCAGCAAUCUCAACAAGCACAUCCGACUGCACGCCGAGGGCAACACUCCCUAUCGCUGCGAGUUCUGCGGCAAGGUGCUUGUGCGCCGCAGGGACCUGGAGCGCCAUGUCAAGUCCCGCCACCCCGGCCAGAGCCUGCUGGCCAAGGCGGACGACGGCCCUGGCACCGAGCCGGCCUAUCCCCUGGAGCCUAGGGAUCCCAAAAGCGAGGACAGCGACGUGGACGUCUGCUUCACCGACGACCAGAGCGACGUGGAGGCUGAGGGCGGUGGCGAUCGAGACUUGUAAAAGGUCUAGCCUGGAAGGGGCCGGGGCGCGAACACAGUCGGGAGGAGUGUGUGUGAGGUCCGUUCUGGGAGAAGAGGAAAUCUGGCGAUGAGAAGAAGGACCUGGUGAUAGAAACAGAGCUGAAAUUCAGUAGGGGUUCAGAGACAGCUUAAAGAAAUUUGACCACGGGGCAGCACGGGUGGUGGGUCUCUCGCCUCCAGGACCCCUUGGAUAGCUUCCCCACCUCACCUCACGCCGCCGGCAGAGCGGUCUUCUCUAGGGGUUUAGAAUUACAUUAAUACCAACAUCCUA